AUGAAGAUCAUUCCCAUUGGUGUUUUGGAAGAUAAUUACUCAUACAUUCUUAUUGACGAAAAAACAAAAGAAGCUGCAGUUAUAGAUCCUGUUGAACCUAUCAAGAUCUUAAAUGUCAUUAGUCAAACUGGUGCAAAAUUAUCAAGUGUAUUUGUUACUCAUCAUCAUUGGGAUCAUUCGGGUGGUAAUAUUGAACUCGUAGCCAAGAAACCAGGAUUAGCAGUCUAUGGUGCUGAUGCUAGAAUUCCUGAAAUUAACUAUGUAUGCAAAGAUCAUGAAGAAUUUAAAUUGGGCUCUUUAGAAAUCACUCCUUUACACACUCCAUGUCACACUAAAGGCCAUGUUUGUUAUUAUGUUGUGGAUCCUGCUACCAAUGAAAAGGCUGUUUUUACUGGAGAUACUCUAUUUGUAGCUGGUAUUGGAAAAUUCUUUGAAGGAGAUGCUAGAGAUAUGUAUAGGAUUUUAUUCCAUGUGAUUACCAAAUUACCUGAUGAUACUUGGGUUUAUUGUGGUCAUGAAUAUACAAAACAAAAUUUAAAGUUUGCCAUUUCUUUGGAACCUCAUAAUGAAAAUUUAAUGGCGAAAUGGGCAUGGUGUCAAGAUAAAACUAUUACUGUACCUUCUACUAUUGGUCAAGAAAAAUUAUAUAAUCCAUUCUUACGUGUCAAUGAACAAGCUUUACAACUCAUUGCUGGCAAAAGCGAUCCUGUCGAAGUUUUACAUACAUUACGUGAAAUGAAAAAUUCUUUCAGAUAAGAUUUAUUUGAUUUCCUUUUGUCUUAGUAUUUUUUUUUUAUUUUCUUUUCCUUGUAGUAUAUUUUAGUUUAGAACAUUUUCCCCUUUUAUCAUUAUUAUUUUAUAGCUUUUUUUUUUAUCACACCUUUCAUCAUAUAAUCAUUUCAAAUAUAUAAAGCAUUAUUUUUUUUAUCCAUAUUUAUAUA